GGGGACCGCCGGCACAGCAGCGCCAGGAAGGGCAAAUCCCAGCAGGAUCCUCGGGGAAGGUGGCUGAAGGCAGCGAUCCUCCUCCUCUCCGCCGCGGCCGGCGGCGGCCUCGUGGUCUGGAGCCGCCUCCGCAGCCAGGAUGGGAUUCCCGAGGGUGGGAUCCCUGCAGAUGGGGUCACCGAGGUGCUGGCACAUCGCAGCGACAACCUGCGUGACAAGUUCAUCGAGAUCCCCUGCUCGGAGGACUACGACAGCCACAAACGCUUUGCAGGUUGCACUCCUAGGAAGUGUGGAAGAGGUGUGACAGAUGCUGUAAUCACAAGGGAAGAAGCUGAAAGAAUUCGUAGAAUAGCAGAGAGGGGACUGUCCUUGGGAGGAUCUGAUGGAGGGGCAUCAAUUUUGGAUUUACACUCCGGAGCUCUUUCCCUGGGGAAGCAUUUUGUUAAUCUGUACAGGUACUUUGGGGACAAAAUUCAAGACAUCUUCACAGAAGAGGAUUUUGCAUUAUACCGAGAUGUGAGGCAGAGGAUUCAGCAAAGGAUUGCUCAGGUGUUUGGGAUCAGCUCUUCUGCCAUGUACCUGACCAAGCCAACGUUCUUCUCCAGGAUGAACAGCACAGGAGCCAAGACAACACACGAUGAGUACUGGCACCCACACGUGGACAAGGUGACUUAUGGCUCUUUUGACUACACUUCCCUGCUCUACCUCUCUGACUACUCUGAAGACUUCGGGGGUGGACGGUUCGUGUUCAUGGAUGCAGAUUCCAACAAGACAGUGGAGCCCCGAGCAGGCCGGGUGUCGUUUUUCACCUCUGGAUCAGAGAACCUGCACCGGGUGGAGAAGGUGCAGUGGGGCACUCGCUUUGCCAUCACCAUCUCCUUCACCUGCGACCCGGAGCACGGCAUCGGGGACCCGCUGCUGGGCUGACUCCUGGGCCUGGGAUGGAGCUCAGAUGGGAGGGGAGAAGCCCUGCAAGAGGAGAGGAGAAAGGGAGAUACCACCUCUUGUAACCUCACAGGCAAUUAGAACUGCCCAGCUGUGGCAACACGUUGUUUUCACAUCUCCUUUUCCAUGAACAUUGCAAACAGUGGCUUAAGAGCAAUCUUAAAAUUGAUGCAUUCUGGAAAUGGUUUGUCUUCAUGUGCCAAAGGGAUGGGCUGUGAAGAAAAGAGAAUGGGCUCCACAAAGAAGAGAAAGUGGGCUCUUAAUUUUUUUAAUAUUUAAAAAAAAUUUCUUCAGUUUGAAAGAUACAAAUAAUCUUUUGGGCCAUGCCUUGAUCUGACUCCCCAGGCUGCUGUUACCCAUUCAGUUCUUUAGUUUCUUAGUUAUUAAUGUGAUGUAGAAAGUCUGACCUAAGUUGAUUGAGCCAGGUGAGUGUUGCUCUCUAGAACACACCUUCUCUUGAGAGGGAUGGAUUCUCCUGAGUGUGGGAUCAGUGGGAAAUGCACCUGGGUUUGGCUACUGGGACUUGAACUUUUUUUAUAUUUAAUUAUUACUGAUUCAAUAUUCAGGAAGUCUCUCAAUAGCUAUUUUUGGACUUCUCUUUUCGAGUUUAGUACAAAGGCUUUUUCUGUUAAUGAGGACCACUGGAAGGGACUUCCAAGAAGAGAUAUUUGCAUUGUAAUAAACACAUGCAUAAUCUUGACAAAUACUUUGGGUUUUUUACUGCAAUCAAAGAUUUCUGUGGGUCAAGAGGUUGAUAAAUAAACAUUAGAAAAACCUAAUUUUUUUUCUCAAAUUCUGAAGUAGUCAUGUUGAUCUGGUCUCUUACCUGGAUGUAUAAUUUCUGUGAAACACUGAAAAUCUGGGAAUGUGCUUUGAUUUUGAUUUUUUUUUUUUAUUUUUAUGCAUACAGUUUGGACUUUAUAAGGUACCCUUUUAUGGAAAUAAUAAGUACAGGGGGAAUUACACUGGAGAUCAAUGUGAAGAGGAAUGAUAAGAGGACACUUGGACUUGUGAGGGCUCUCACUGGGCACACCAGCAAGAUUAGUCCUCUGUAAUUUCAUUUCAUUGUUCUGAAACCUGAAAAAGUUUUCCUUGUCUGUACUAACAAGGGAGAAUUGUUAAAAUGGCUGGAUACAAGGAAAUAAUAAACUUGGGUUCCAUAUUGAAA